CCACAGGGUCUUGUUUUGCUGCGCCUGCGCUGUUUAUGUUUUCCCCGUCCAUGUGUAGGCGAAUCACGUGGAGAGAAACCGUUGAUCGUCAUGUCUCUGCUGUAGCACAGCUCCGUGAUAGAUUUUAUUAUUUGCCUUCAGUUGUCGCUGCACUUUGUUUUGACAGCUGCUUGUUUUCUUUUCUGGUACCUGUUUACCGAAGAAUGAGCGAAAACGAUGACAUCGACGUCGACAGCGAUGCAGACAAGCGAGCCCAUCACAAUGCGCUGGAGCGCAAACGCAGGGACCACAUUAAAGACAGCUUUCACGGUUUACGAGAUUCUGUGCCUGCAUUACAAGGGGAGAAGAGUUCUGUCAAACAGGCCUCCCGAGCACAGAUUCUAGACAAAGCCACUGAGUACAUCCAGUACAUGAGGCGAAAAAACCAUACCCACCAGCAAGACAUUGAUGACUUAAAGAAGCAAAAUGCACUGUUGGAGCAGCAGGUGCGUGCACUGGAGAAGGCAAAGGGCAACACUCAGCUCCAGACAAACUACUCUUCCGACAGCAGCUUGUACACGAACCGCAAAGGCAGCGCGGUGUCCGCCUUCGACGGCGGGUCCGACUCCAGCUCCGAAUCGGAGCCGGACGAGCCGCCCAACAGAAAGAAGCUGCGCGUGGAGCCCAGCUAGACUCGGGUCGACCUCCAGUUCUCCAAACAGACUAUUUUUGCCCACCAGCCCCCGAAUCCUCUCACCGGUCUGCACUAAGUCCUGCCUUCUAACGCCAGUCCACGUGACUAGGUGGAGGCUGUGUGAGAGAUGCUAUUAUGUAUAAAACGCUUCUACCUUCUUUUUUUCCUCCUGGCAAACAUCCCGUUCAUGGCCCAGCAACAACUUUUAAGACCCCCAAAGUGAGGCAGCUCGGCAGUUUUGAAGGACUUUCUUUUCUAUCCUCAUGAUAACCUUUUAUAAUCAAAUGUGGAGAUGACAAGGUAUGACACUUUAGUAAAGCUACACAAAAAUAUGUUUCUUUUUUCUUUUUCUCCUUUGGUUGUUUUGGACAACCUCUGCAAUCUGUUGGAUUUGUGAGACUUUUUGACCUUUUGACAAAAUGUUAAUUAGGGUUAGUUUACCUUUUUCAUAUUCAUACUUUUCCAGAAAAAAAUGUGAAGUUGCUUUUGAAAAAAAAAAUGUCUGCAAUGCAAAAUGCAACCCUCCUUAUUCAGUGUAAGUGGCUGAAGUUUGUUGUCUUUGAAAAUGUCUAUGUAAUCAAAGAAUCCCUCUAUUUAUAUUGAUGCACCGAAAUUAAUUUCUUACCCUCAUGUCUGAUCUCCCCAAUAUUUGGCUUGAGAUUUUCCAGAGAGCACAGGAGGAUGAACAUGUUGACCUGCUGUUUUAGUGAAUUUUCUACAGGUACAACUAUUUAUUUUCCUCUAUUUUUAUUAUCAGAUAAAAUGGGUAUAACAAAAAAAAAUCCCCUAUUGGAUACUGAAUGUUACACAAUGCAGGUGAACCUUUAUUUUUGUUAAUGAAAGUCCAUUUCAGUGUGUAGUAUAUAACACUGUAUACUCUUUAAUGGUGUCAGUUCUGCAAAGAAAAGCCUUCCCUAGAAAUAUUUGCCUGUGCCGGGAACCUUUAUCUUUCUUUCUUUUCUUUCCUUUUGCAGAGUUAAAUUUGUGUGUACCUAAUCAAUAUUUGUUUGUUCCAUUCUGUGGAAAUUACAGGUAUGUUGUACAUACUGCCAACGGUUGUCUUGCAAGUUAAGGCAUACCUUUAUUAUGAUACUAUAAAUAAAACUAUUUUAUCCUUUUGG